GCAUGCAAUCUCAUCAAAUGACUAAAAUGGUGUAUGACUCGGAUAAGUCGAUUAUUUGGAACCCUACUGAUGAUCAAAGACGAUCAGUCGACAAAUGCAAUUUUGAGGUCUAUGAAGCCUGGACAAUAGAUCUCCUUGUCUCAACAGGUGAGGGAAAGCCCAGGGAAUACCCUGCAAGAACUACGAUCUUUAAAAGAAAUGAAACAAUUUACCAACUUAAAAUGAAGGCCUCUAGGCAGUUUUAUAGUGAAGUUACCGCCAAGUUUUCUUCCUACCCUUUCAACAUUCGCUCCAUUGAUGAUAUACGCAAGGCCCGUCUUGGCGUAACUGAGUGUGCAAAGCAUGAUGUUAUUCAGCCCCUACCUGUUUUUUGCGAGAAAGAUGAUGAGUUGGUAUCACAAUUCAAGUUUACUGUGUUGAUAAUGCCUAAUGGCCCGAUGAGAAUUACCGGUUUGCCUUUCGAUCCAGCUUGUAUAAAGUCCGAUUUUAAGCCGAAAGCGCCAGACGUAAAAGAUCUUCUUGCUCAGUCUAUCAAAAUCAAGAAGAACCAACCUGCUGCAGUCCUCGUACCAAGUGGGGAUGCUUCAUCUGCAUCAAAAAAGUAA